CCUCCUCCCGCCGCCGACGGCCCACUCCUCCCGGCCUACUACAACCGUCCUCUUGGUGGGACUGGAACCGCCCCGCCGCCGCAUUGCGUCGUGUUGCUCGGUCGGUCGGUUGCCACGGCCGCGCCACCUCCCGCCGCCGCCGCGGGGGUGUGCGGUCUGCCGCUGCCCGGCGUUGAGCCAGGCAUCACAUUUCUAACAGGUUAGAAAUAUUCACAAAUGGGUGCCAAAGAUAAUGGGGAAGUGAGAGAUGACAAAGGAGUUGGAUCAGAUUAUGAACCAGCCAGAGCUUCUGGAGUUUCAAAGAAGCUCAUGAGAAAAGAUACAAGAGAAAACAGCCCCCGCAUUGCCAAAACCAGUGGCAGCCGUCAAGUUCAGAACAAGCUGCAAAAUAAAGCUUCAAACAGCAUUCAGAGUAGAUCUCCUAAACCAAGGAAAGUAAUUAACACUGCAAGAUCUGUUGAAGUUAGAAAGUCAGAUACUGUAAGAGUUCCUUCUCGUGCUCCAUCAGAAUUGUCUGAGGAAACAGAUGAUAUAGUGAGCGAGGCUGGAACCAUUGAUGAUAAAGGCAAUGAAGAGGCCAAGGAGAUUGAUGUGCUAGAUGAAGCUCCGCACUGUGACCAGAGUACUGGCACUGACGAUGAAAUUCCUGAAAUUGAAGAAAAGAUAGUGGAUGAGGAGAAAUCAGUUGUGUAUCACAGGAAUGAGGAGUUACGGUCAAAGAUUGACAAGUUGGAACAGGAACUUCGUGAAGUUGCUGCACUUGAAGUUUCUCUCUACUCUGUAUUGCCGGAGCAUGGAAGUUCAGCACAUAAGCUGCAUACCCCAGCACGGCGUCUUUCUAGGAUGUACAUUCAUGCAUCAAAAUUUUGGUCCUCUGAUAAGAUAGCUUCAGUGGCAAAAACUACUGUGUCUGGCCUAGUGCUUGUUGCAAAAUCAUGCAGUAAUGAUGCAUCAAGGUUGACAUUCUGGCUGUCCAAUACAGUUGUGCUAAGGGAGAUAAUUGCACAAACUUUCGGCAUCUCGCACCAAUCGCCUCCAACCACUACAACCAUCAACAUGAAUGGUGGUGCUAAAAGGCCUGAUGGGAGAUCGAUGCCAAUGCUAUGGAAAAAUAGCUCCAACGGCAAACAAACCAAAUUUACUGGCAUGCAGAUACCGGAUGAUUGGCAGGAAACAAGUACGCUUUUGGCUACAUUGGAGAAGAUUGAAUCGUGGAUAUUUUCUCGGAUAGUUGAGACAGUGUGGUGGCAGGCACUAACUCCUCACAUGCAAACUCCGGUGGAGGGAUCAUCAACCCCAAAGGCUGGGAGAGUGUUAGGUCCUUCUUUGGGUGAUCAGCAGCAAGGCACCUUCUCUGUUAACCUGUGGAAGGCUGCAUUUCACGACGCAUUCAGCAGAAUCUGCCCCCUCCGUGCUGGUGGACAUGAAUGUGGCUGUUUACCAGUGUUGGCCAAAUUGGUGAUGGAGCAAUGUGUAGCCCGUUUAGACGUUGCAAUGUUUAAUGCAAUCCUUCGGGAAUCAGCUAGUGAGAUACCCACUGAUCCUAUAUCAGAUCCAAUUGUUGACCCAAAAGUCCUGCCAAUUCCAGCUGGUGAUCUAAGCUUUGGGUCAGGCGCACAGCUGAAGAAUUCUAUUGGGAAUUGGUCGAGAUGGUUGACAGAUAACCUUGGAAUCGACGCUGAUGACUCAGAGGAAGAGGAUGGCACUGACACAGGGAACGAAACAAGUGCAGCAGAAUCAAAGUCUUUUCAACUGCUUAAUGAAUUGAGUGAUCUCCUUAUGCUCCCAAAGGACAUGCUAAUAGAAAAAUCUAUCAGGAAAGAGGUUUGCCCUUCGAUUGGCCUUCCAUUAGUAACAAGAAUCCUAUGUAACUUCACUCCUGAUGAGUUCUGUCCUGAUCCUGUUCCUAGCGUAGUCCUAGAGGAGCUGAAUUCUGAGAGUUUGCUGGAGCGAUGCACCGACAAAAAUGCGACCAGCGCAUUUCCAUGCAUCGCUGCUCCUGUCGUGUACCGCCCUCCAUCGCUACUGGAUGUGGCAGAGAAAGUGGCAGAUACUGGUGGCAAUGCAAAGCUAGACAGGAGAGCGUCGAUGGUCCAGAGGAGAGGAUACACCAGUGACGAUGAUCUGGAUGACCUGGACUCUCCCCUUGCAUCCCUUAUCGACAAGAGCGCUCCACAUUCGCCAUCCAACGGUAUUGCACAUUUUACUGCUCAAGGAGGAGCUUCCAUGGAGAAUGCGAGAUUCACUCUUCUCAGAGAGGUAUGGUUGGAGAGGCAGUGAUCGAUGGACCUGUACAAAUCUGGAAUCUUAAAAAUGGUUGGGAGGAAAACCUGCUGAGGUGAAACCUUUGAGAGAAGCUGCUUUCUUAGCAGAGCCAGCUAACUCCAGAAGAAUGGCUGCUUUGAAAAUGCAAACCAUUUCAUGUACAUUCAUA